AUGACUGACAGUCCGUUUCAAUUACAGGGAUUCGCACCAGGAAGCUGGUCACAGGUUGCACUCCAACUCACUAAGCCGGAUGGUCUAAUAGUUGGGAUUGAUCUUCUCCCCGCACAGCCUCCUACAGGGGUGACUGCAUUCCAAGGGGACUUUCUCUCCCCUAUGGUACAGAAACUCGUUAAGGACUGUAUUCUUCACCUGCAGGAUCGGCGACAACUGUCCCGCCUUGAGCCCGAAUCCAAAGCCAACACGCCAGAAGACGCUAGGCAGCAUGACCUUGAGCCACAGAGCUACAUCGACAUGGAGCGGCAAGCCAGCCAUGUUGAAACCGAGGGACAGGGAAAAGUACACCACGGACCGAGAUCGAUGCACAUCGUUGAUGUGGUUCUGAGCGACAUGUCAGCACCCUGGCAACAAACAUCCGGUUAUAAUGUGAACACCUUGAGUAAUCCAUAUCAUAGGUUAAUGAACACGAGUGGAAACCCUUUUCGUGACCAUUUUGGUAGUCUGGAUCUUUGCAAUGCCGCCCUCGAUUUUGCAAGUGACACUCUGAAACCCGGUGGGAACUUUGUCUGCAAAGUUUACCAAGGGUCAGGAGAGCGAGAAUUCGAGCAGAGAGCCCGACUGCUCUUUGCAAAGGUACACAUAUUUAAGCCAAAAUCAUCAAGAAGCGAAAGUAGGGAGUUAUACCUUAUCGGGAUCCAGAGAAAAGGGAAUGGAUUGCUCAAGUAA